CAAAUGUGCGAAAAUACCCAUUAUGUUCAUAGCUGUUAGGCCUAAUGAUAGUUAAUACUGAGCUACUUCUGACUUGUGCACGGUGUGCUCACUGCUUAGCUGGUUCUGGUUGUUUUAAAUAUCAAUGGCACCGUGAGGUCACAGCUACGUCGCAUCCAUAGGGACCAUCCGCGAUUGUUCCCGGGGUUACCAUAUUGCGCACGUGCUCUGUGCGUCAGGGAGGGAUCUUUUACCUUGGCCACGGUCGGCAGAAGACUCAGCAGUCUGUACGUUGCGAGACAAAGGCUGACCACCAGGACUUUAGGGAUUCGAUGCAGAGCCAGAUGACCGGGUAGAACUUGGCCUAGUUGCAACCGCGCUCUUUGUGGGAGAGGGCCCCUCCUCUCCCUCCCCUCCGCGUCUCUGAGCAUCUCUCCACCCCUCCUAGGUUGGGUUCCGCAGCGCUUUUACCUCGCGUUUCUGUUUUUUUUCAUCACUGCAGUUGAUGUGUGAAGCCUGUGAGCUCACAGACCGGUAUCCGCCUCAGUCAAGCCAGACCUUCAUGAUUUCUACUUGACCGUCUUACAGCUGACAUGUAAAUAGACUUGCCAGCCGGCUGUUCAAACGAGUCAGCCAGGUAGGGCAAAGACACCCAGCGUCCCGCUGCAAGAGAAGCACAACAUUCCAGCUAUCCACCACUGCAGUUUGGUCCCCCCUGGAAAAAUCGUGCCACCUGCGGACACAUCUUUUAUGACCGUCUCGAAGUGAAAGAUGGAGAAGGAUUCCUGAUGCAACAGAUUAUGUGGAGCCGGAGGGAGUGGUGCUCUGAGGACGAGGAAGGGAGUUCUGGUGGUUCGAGGAGUUCUGGUUGGACUGUGGCAGUGGGACUGCACUAGACCAAGGUUGGAGGAUAUUCCUGUGUGUUUCUGGGUGGCGGGCUCGCUCCAUGUGCCUCAGACGGGGAAGAGAAGGGGGACUUACAGCUACGAACCUUUCCGGACGUGACCGGCGAAACGGAUAGACAAGCACCUGCUCUCUCUCGCUCGAGGAGUUGCGUUUUCUCCACCUCCUUUCGUCUGGCUGUCGUCCCACACUUGAGUAGACAGGAUGACAUGGCGUCCUCAGUACCGCAGCUCCAAGUUCCGCCACGUGUUCGGUAAGGCCGCCACCAAGGAGAACUGCUACGACGGCGUGCCCAUCACACGGAGCGUCCACGACAACCACUUCUGCGCCGUCAACCCGCGCUUCAUUGCCGUCAUCACAGAGUGCGCCGGGGGCGGAGCCUUCCUGGUCCUCUCCAUCCAUCACACAGGGAAGGUUGACCCCCACCACCCGAAGGUCUCGGGCCACAGAGGCAAUGUCCUGGACAUCAAAUGGAACCCCUUCAACGACUACUGUAUAGCUUCCUGCUCCGAGGACUCCACGGUCAAGGUGUGGGACAUCCCGCCCCACGGUCUUCUGAAGAACCUGACCGUCCCGUGGAAGGAGCUGCAGGGUCACAGUCGCAGAGUGGGCCUGGUUGAGUGGCACCCCACCGCCAACAAUGUACUCUUCAGUACCGGCUAUGACUACCAGGUGAUGAUCUGGAAUCUGGACAGUCCGGAGGCGGUGAUUAAGAACCCGGUGCGGACCAUCAGUCACCACUCCGAUGUGGUGCUCUCCCUGUCCUUCAACACGGACGGCAGCCGGUUGGCCACCUCCUGCAAGGACAAGAAGAUCCGAGUCCUGGAUCCACGCACCGGGAACCUGCUACAGGAGGCCAACUGUAAGAACCACAAAGCCAGCAAGGUUCUGUUCCUGGGGAACCUCAAGAUGCUCCUGUCCACGGGCAACUCCCGCUGGAACCAUCGACAGAUUGCCCUCUGGGACCAGGACGACCUGAACGUGCCGUUGUUACAAGAGGACCUGGAUGGAUCGUCUGGUGUGCUCUUCCCCUUCUAUGAUCCUGACACACACAUGCUGUACAUAGCCGGGAAGGGCGACGGGAAUAUCAGAUACUAUGAGAUCAGCUCGGAGAAGCCAUACAUGCACUUCCUGACAGAGUACCGCUCCCACCAACCUCAGAAAGGAAUGGGAAUCAUGCCAAAGAGAGGCUUGGAAGUCUGUUCCUGCGAGGUGUUCAGGUUCUACAAGCUGGUAACAACCAAGGCCCUCAUCGAGCCCCUGUCCAUGAUCGUGCCCCGGAGGUCCGAGUCGUACCAGGAAGACAUCUACCCCAUGACGGCGGGGACGGAGCCCGCCAUGUCGGCCGAGGAGUGGCUCAGCGGCAUGGACAAAGGCCCGGUGCUCCAGUCCCUAAAGCCUGGGAGUCGAGUGACCGACUCCUACCCGGAGCGGCGCUCUGGCCUGGGGACCAAGGGUUUGGGGAGCUCCAUGGACACGCGCAGGUCACAGACCCGGCCUGGCCAGCUUCAGCUGUCUUAUAUCCAGGACCAGCUGAGCAACCAGGAGGGAAAGGAGGGCCGAAAGGAGGACAGCAAUGAGGAUCGGAGGAGCAACGGACAGGAGCCCCCGCCCUGCUCACCCCCCAAAACAGAGAAUGAGCUCCGCCUGAAGUUCCACAAGCAGCAGGAGGAAAUCCGCCGGCUGCGCGAGAUGCUCAACCAGAGAGAUGUUCGCAUCAAGCAGCUGGAGCUGGAGAUCAACAACGUGAGGAACUGCCAGAGCUGAGGAGAGGCUGCCCCAGAACUCCACCCCAUCCCUGCUCCGCUGUAAUGAACACCCCUGUACACACACAACCAUAGACUCUCUGUCAGUUCUCACUGUGUAAUAUAUUUUAAUGCUACCACGUCAAUAUAAUUGUACACCCUUGUUUGUCUCCCCCCCACUCCCCUCACCCCCCAAAGUUUGUCUUUUCUCUUUUUGUACACUUCAAAGCUAUGCAAGUUUGAUGUACUUUCUCGUUUUUGUGCUUCCCUUUCUUUUUUUUUAUGCGUUUUUUAUUUCAAAGAAUUGUAUAAGAAGAUGUAUGUGCCUGUCAUUAAUGACCAUGUUAAAUGUUGUCUGGACGGGAGCAAACAUCCCAUUCAUGAUUGUAAGAUACACUGAAUUUAUUUUCUACGCUUUUUGAUGAUUUUGCAUAUUUAAACUACUGUACGAGGAUGUAUGGACACAUGGAUCUAUGGAUGGAUGAAUGAAACUUUAAUGUCUAGAAAGACAAGAUAUGUAUGCAUGGCUGAGAGAUGUGCUUCUUUCUGUUAUGUAUGGAGUCAAAUCAGGGGGACAUCGAAGGUAUGAUAUUAUGGUAUUAUGCAUUUACUUAAGCUGCGUCUUGUUUUAAUGACUGGGGAAAUGGUAGAAGAUUGAUCAACUGAAAGAAUGUUGCACAACAACUUGCAAAUGAUUUUACUUGAAGCAGCCAAGGGGAUUUGACUUUGUGUUUUAAAACAGCAAUUUAUUUAUUGUAUUUGUGGAAAAUAAGUAGCCACCCCCCAAACACACACACACAGCCAAAGCCACUGUGUAAGUACAAAUCAAAACUGGAAAAGCCAUUGUGUAAUAGGACUCGACAGGGAACUUAAGUAUGUUGUCUGUUAAUUUAUGUCUGCUUGUCUCUUGAAAACAACAGUGGAAUCUGUCGAAGGGAAAACAAGCCAAUCAGGCUUUUCUUUUUUAUUUCCAGGAUGAUAACACUGUUUAUGAAAAGAUGUCCAUUGCUUUUUGUGUCACAAGUACUUACUCGGCUUGUUGCUUUGAAAUUGUUUGAACUGGAUGUUCCUUGUCUAGGACUGGGGUUGGACCUACUGUAGGUCUCUGCUCCAUGUUCAACAGAGACCUGUCUAAAGAUAGAAAAUGGAGCCCAACUUUCCCCUGUAUUUGUCAUGCAAAUAUGGACAUUUUACACAGGACCCGUGGCAAACAAUUCUGAUGACAUGCUUCAAUAUCACUGUGAGACGCGUCCAUGAUCUAUUCUGCAUUCACGAGCCAAAGUGGCGCAACACCCAGGGAUUAGGAUGGCAUUUGAAGGUACCCACGUUGCCUCACAGGCCACGAACAAAGAUCAGCGCCGGGGGGGAGGCAAACGCCGUCGGCACCGAUAGUACACACCGCUGAAGAAUACAUGUAACCACUUAUGCUUGGGUACUAUUGCACAUCACAGGACAGAGCUCCUACGCCAGGAGAUCGGUCUCAGGGUCAUUGGUUUGGUUGUAGGCUACUGAAUGUACUCCAGGAGCACUGGGCCAGGAAUCGAACGUUGCUAAAUUGAGAGUUGUGGGGGAGGGGGUUGGUCGCCCAUACGGUUGGAAAUGGAACAUACCUGGGCCGUAGUGGAAAUGCUUUUCAAGGUACCUCAGUCACCAGGGGCUUUUCUUUAACAGCGCCCCGAUUGAACGGCGCCACCGCGAACGGGCGAGCCACCUCAGAAACCAACACGCCGACAUCUUCGUUGUCCCCGCUGAGUGCGCGCACGUGUAGUCUGUCGCGUUCAACUAGCUUGGCACGCGCUCAUCAGUAAUACGUGUCCACUGCCAGCCACGGUAGCAAAAUACCUGCCAGUUUUAUCCUUCCACUUUUACUGUGGUGCUAUUCUUACACAUAGGCCUGUUUCUUGCAUUAUAUUAACUUCAAUGGCUACUGUAGGCGGAGGAGGGGGGGGGUUCAUUAGAAAUUGUGUUUAAGACCAAAUGAGACUAAUCCAUUCCAUUGACUUGAUGGUAUUAUACUGAAAAUCUUUGUAAUUUUACUAAAGCAAUAUUUUAGCAGUAGAAAGCAGCCGUUUAGGUGGGAACGUACACUACGAUCAGAAGCAUUGCUUUGCUAGACUGAAACAUUCUGGUCUGCAUAAAUGGAUGGAUGAUUGGGGUCGUUAGGGUUUUUUUGUUGAUACCUGAGUCUAUCUGUGCCUAAGAUUGAAGCUGCAACUAUUUUCUAUUUUUUAAAUCGGUGUUGUAAAUUACUGUCCACACAGCUCACAGUGAAAUGCAAACAAAUAUAUAAAAUGUUUCACAUUUUGUUCCUGUUAUGUUUAAAAUAUAGUCUUUUCUUUUAAAUGUCAAGAAAUACACCUGGCAUAGAGAAUAAACAGAGGUUUAAAAAAACUAAAAAA